AUGGCUGACGACAAUACUUGCCCUGGGCUUAGGGUGUUGGUGACGUACAGUGACGACCCGGGCUGGACGCACGAACGAGUAUUAUUGUGGCCUCACAAUGAGGCUCGCACAAGCUGGCAGAUCUACACGCCUGGCAACGAUUUAUACGCCGAGGACUUCGGCGACUACGCAUCGCUCAUCCCGAUGACGGGGCGGAGGCGGUAUCCCCCAGGCGUCGGGAACGUGGUGGCGUUCAACAGGGGGCUGCAGGCGGCUGAGCUGGUCUCGCUCAUCAAACGCGGUCGGGGCGAAGCCGUCCUCGAGCACGGGCCGCCAGCAAACGGCUGGUGGGCUGGCGCUGGCCAGGAUUGGCUCGGAGGCAGGCUGGACAUCCCCGCGCCGACGGCCGUGGAGGUCCCUCGCGUGCGGCGCCGCCUGCGCAAGAAGGGCGUGGAGGUGCAGACCGACCUCCCUGUGCUCGUUGAUGGAAGCCCACCGUCCCCGCCGCCGCCUUCGGAGCGGCCGCCAGGAUCGUGGGUGCGUUGCUCAUUCGAGGACAGCGACUUCGGCCAGAUGGUGCCCCUCUCGGCGGCCGCCAUCCUGCGGGGCCGCUACGGGCUCGACAGGGAUGAGAUGGGCGAGUGGCGGUUCAUAGAGUAUGUGGAGGACGAUCAGGCCGACAGCUGGCGAGACGACAAGCUGAUAGCGGCGGAUCGGCAGCGACCUCCCCGGGGCGCCCUCGGGGAUCGGCUCUUCGGCGGUGGCGGAGGCGGCGCCGCAACGCCCCCUGCGGAGCCCGCGGUUGCGGCCGUCGCAGCUGGCACUGGCGAGGAGCAGGCCGAGGAUUUACGCACGUGCCGGAUCGAUGUUGACGAGACAGGCUCGAGGGUCAAAGAAUGGCGCAAAGUGGUGCAGGAGAGCUCGCAGGAGGUGUUUUCGGACUCAAGCCUGCGUGGGCCGCCCGCUUGCCUUGAGCACCUGGCGGGGACGACGAACCCGCUGGACCUGGUCCCCGAGGCGCUGCGGAGCUACGCCAGCCGGCUGAGCAAGGAGGAGCACGAGCUAGAGGCGUUACGGGCGCGGGCCAAGACGCCUAUGGCCCCUUCGGCUGAGGGUGGCCGAGGCGCCGCGGCUGCCGCGGUGGACGCUGGCGGCUUGCCGCUUGGAGGCGGCGCUGGAGUGAGCUUGAUCAGCCAGAUGAAGAUGGAUGCUAUUUCGGCGGACGUGCAGCAGCGCGUCCUCUCGGCGGCCCGCCAGUGGAUAGACGUUGACAGCGCCGUCAGUGAGGAAGAGGCCCUUGCCAGGCUUCUUAAGGGCAAGGCGGGGUACGCCCCCCUUGGCUCGACCAGCAUGGGCCCCUACGAGUACUCGCGGGCGAGCUUGCCUGACAGCGUCGUCGACGCGCCGGCGCUGGCCUCCAUGCUUCCUGCGCAGGCAAGGCAAUACCUCGAGGAGCUUGCUUCCAGGAUGCUGCUGCCGCCACGGGAAGCAGCCCUAAUACGAGAACUUGAUGGGCUUCCUGGUUGUCACACCGACCCUCUGUUGCUGCAACGGCCGCGGAGCUAUGGGAAGUUCGCGCGGCGAGCGCUCUCGAUAGGUCUAGGGCUCGGCCGCAUAGAGAUGCCCAUCAUAGAGGACUCCGACUUCGCCGGGCUCUGCGCGGUGCUUGGCGUGGGCGACGUUGCCGACUGCUUCCGCAGGAUGAAGCUGCAGGGCGACAUCAGGCACUUUUUUUGCUGGCCUCCGCUGGGCGCUGCUUUGACUGGGGAGACACUGGUCGAGGGGCGCCUUGUGCACGCUGGCGAGCAGGUGUGGCCGAUGAGCCAGAGCCUGCCUAUGGGCUUUUCUUGGUCCUUGUACUUCGCCCAGGCCGCCAACCAGUGCAGGCUCGAUCGCCAGCCGUCGCUAGCGGGUAGCCUGCGUUUGAGCGAUCGCGGGCCGCCGCUUGUCCUUGGACAGGGCGCCGCGGGGUCGGAGCUGGGCCACUACAUGUACGUCGACAAUGCUGGCGUGAUUGGUUUCGACGCAGCGCGUGCGACAAGCGCGCCGCAGGAGGCCCAACGUGACUUCGACGGCGACCACCUGAAGUUCCACGAGGUUGAGGUUGCCGGCUGGCAGCUGGAGAUGGUGCUGGGGCACAUGACCUUCAUGGCCCUGGUCCGCCGCGAAAUGCUGCCCAUCUUCCACUCGGUGUAUGCUUUUGUGGCGCAAAGCUACCACGCCUUCUCCGUGCUGUGGCCCACCGUGCGCGAUGAGUUGAACUGCUACCUGGGCAUCAUGGUGAUGCUGGAGUCGAGCUGGACGAGGCCGUGGACGCCAGUGGUCUACUCCUCCGACGCCAGCCUGUACGGCUACGGCGUUGCGGAGGCCUGCUUCGGGACCGAGACGGCGGCGAAGGUUGGCCGCGUUUCGGAGCUGGCGCGGCGGCGGCUGGGUGCUGGGUUGGCGAGGCAGCACGCCUUCGAGUGCGCUGGCUUCCUCUUGGACAGCGAGACCGACGAGGUCGUCCGAAAUGAAGUUGGAGCCCCGAAGCGGCUGGACGCCGAGCUCCAGCGCGUGCUGGCCAGCGAGCGCUGGGAGCUGGACCCGAGCUUCCCCGAGGUGCCCAGCUGGCUCCUGCACGACUCGCAUUGGGCCACGGUCAUGGCCGAUCGGUGGGCGUUCGCCGACGACAUCCUUAGACUCGAGGCACGAGCGCUAGUGAAGGCUGCAGCUCGUGCCGCGCACUGCCAGCCUGCGGGCGCGGGCGCUGAGCAGCCCUGGUCGCCGACUGGAGUCAGGGGGGCCGCCGCCGCAGCUGAGGUCCCGCUCGCUGGAUCAGAGCCGGGGGCCGGCCGCGAGGCUGAGGGCGCUGCCCGACCGCCGCGGCAGAGCCCAGUAGCAAGUUGCUGGCGGCUGAGCCCCGACGAGCCCCGCCUGGCCGACAAGGCCGUUGCAGGCCACGGGGUUGCCGAGGUCGCGGCGGAGAGCGAGAGCGUCGAGAGCAGCGACGCCGAGGAGCCGCCGGCUGCUGCGCGCUCCCGAGGGCGUCUGGAGACGCGCGGGAAGGCGCGGAUCAGGAAGGCGAUCGAGGUGCUCGAGACCGCAGAGUCGGGCAGGGACGACGUGAGGUUGGGCAUCAGCUACCUCGGGAAGAGAUCGGUGCGGGCAGGCACCUGGGAGACUUACCGCCAGUGCGUGCUCGUAAUCUGCGCCUGGGCCCGCUUCUGCCUCACGGCCCUGCCCGAGUUCAAGGAGCUGGACGGCCAGCUGGUCGAAUACAUGAGCGAGGAGUUCUUGACGGGUGUCAAGGCCUGGCGGGGCGAGAAGCUGCUCGCCAGGCUGAUGUUCUUCCACCCAGACUUCGGCCGCCUGGGCGGGCUACAUCUUCCGAGAUCAGUGCGCCGCCUGAGAGGGUGGGAGAAGCUUUCACCAUCUCGAUCUCGGAAGCCCUUGGUGUCCGCGAUCUGUGCGGCGUUGGCAGUGGAUCUCUGCCGCCUGGGGGCGCCUCUAGUGGGCGCGAUGGUGCUGAUCAUGGUCGAGUGCUACCUUCGGCCAGGAGAGAUGCUGAGCCUCACGAGCGACUCAUUUCUAGCGCCGACGGGGCAUGCAGUGCAGAACUGGGUUGUAUGGCUGUUUCCAGAGGCUGGGGGGGCUCGAAGCAAGGUGGGGUCAGCGGACGAUACCAUCCUUUGCGGGUCAGGACGUUUGCCGUGGAUGUGUCACAACUUCAAGGCCUUGAAGGAUCGUCGGCCAUCCCGGCCCCUCCUGGACUUGAGCUACCCGCAAUACCUGACCCUCUUCCGGAGAGCGGCCACGAACAUCGGAGCCGACGUCGUCCCAUGCCAAGGACGACUGAGCGAGAGUCUGGAGAAGCUGGGCGACGUCUCCGUGGCACACUGCGCCGUGACGGCGAAGCUGGUGCAGGAUGUGCCGCUGCUGGGCGCGGCGCGCGGGGCGGCGAAGAUGGGCGACGCCGCGCCAGGGAGCGAGGAGGCCGAGGUGGGCGCGGCCGCCGCCGCCCUCGCGGCGGCGGAGCUCCUCCUCGUGACAGCUGGCGCUGGCUUCAGCGCCGACUCUGGCCUGCCCGUGUACGCCGACGUGGCCCAGCACGAGGCCUAUGCGCGCCGCGGCCUGGAGUACGCGGACCUCUGCCGCCCGGGGCUGCUGCCCGAAGACCCGCGGCUCUUCUACGGCUUCUGGGGUGAUUGCCUCGCGUCGUACCGCCGGACGGCUUGCCACCCUGGCUACGAGAUAUUGGAGAAAUGGUUCGCGUCGAGGCCUCCCGAGAGCUGCUGCGUCUACACAUCGAACGUCGACGGCCAUUUUCGCCGCUGGCCUCGCCUGGGAGCCAACAUGCACGAGAUCCACGGCUGCCUGGAGGAAUGGAUGUGCUCCUGCAGCAUGGCGCCGCGGCGCGAGCCCGGGCCGCCCUGGGCCUCGGGGGUGGCGGCGGCUCCCCGAUCUUGCCCCCUGCUGGGCGUGCGCACGGCGCUGCCCCCGGGCUUCGACUUCCGCGUGGACCCGGCGACGAUGCUGGCCGAGCUCGGCGACGAGGAGCCAGGGCCCCUGCGCUGCGCCGCCUGCGCCGCGCCGUUGCGGCCCGCGGUGCUGCUCUUCGGGGACGACGACGCUUCGCUGUGCAGCUGGCUGCGCGAGCGCGGCGACGCCUACCAGGCGUGGGAGGAGACCUUCGAGCAGCGCGCGGCUAAGGGGGCCCGCGCGGCGAUCCUGGAGCUGGGCUGCGGCACCCGCGUGCCCAGCGUGCGGAUCGAGAGCGAGGACGUCCUGCGGGACACCCUCGGCAGGGGCGGGAACUGCACGCUGGUGCGGGUGAACCCGGAGCUCCGUGAGGGCCCCGGGGAGCUCGCGGCCCACACGGUCUGCAUCCGCGACACCGCGCUGUCGGCGUUGCGGCGCAUCGAUGCUGCGAUGCAGGGCCACGGCUCGGAGGUGCAGGCGACCGAGGCGGCGCCCGAGCCAGCGCCGCGGCAGCCUGCUGCAGCCCCGCCCACGCCGCCUGCGGCUGGCGCUGGUAGCCUGAUGGCUGCGCCGCCGAGCGCCACGGCGCCGCGGCGCCUGGCAGCGGCGGCCCCGCGGGCGGAGGCAGCCGAGCCGCGGCGGAUCCGCCCAGGGCUCGAGGGCGUCCUCCGAGCCCACGGCUUCGCGGACGCUGCGGCGGCCCGCGAACGCUCUGACACCGUUCGUAUGGGCGCUCCCGCCGCCAUGCUGAGAGCUCUUCUCGCCGCCCUCUCUGCUGCGGCAGCGGGGGGGAUCCAGCUGUCGGAUGAACCCGGGUCGGAUGAUAUCGAUCUAAACGGCGCGGGUGUUGCAGGCACCUUAGAUCCGGAGCUCACGAACAUGCAUGGCGAGAAGUUCCACGUGACCACGGAGGGGGAGUACCUCAUGGUCGGUAUGCCGUCGGACGUCGAUAUGUCGAAGCCUGAGGAUGCCGACCUGCUCAUUGAAGCGAAUUUUGCACAGGUGGGGAAACCGUGCGAUGACCUCCUCAUCCGAAAGAUCACUCUCGAGGGGAAGGCACUAGGUAGCAACAUCUCCAAGCUGGAGUUUUUCGUCGCGAGUGACACCUUCAACGACACCGCUUCCCUGGGGCUGACCGUGACCGAUGACAGGGGCGUUCCCCAGACAAGUGAGGUGGAAGGCUUCCUUGCGGCGGUGCCAGGGUGCCAGAUUCUCCGCCCACGCGGCUACAUCCACCUGCCCACGAAGAAGAGUUGGCGCAGGCGCACCACGACCUACCAUGCCGUGCUGAACCUGGGGCAGAGGUCGCACGAGGUCAACAUCUUAUGGGCCACCGUGUGGCGCGGCGUCAGCGAGGACGACGGCCAGACCGUGUACAGGAACGACAUCUCGUUCACCGUCUCUGGGAUUGGUGAUUCGCCUGCAGGGCUGUUGGGCACGGACGACCACACGGAUGCGAUCCGGAUGGUCCCUGGGUGCGCCAAGCCUCAGCCCGUCGAAGGGCCGUACCAGCGGAAGAACGGUUUCUUCAAGAGCAUUUUCCACUGA